UAGAUCAUUUUGUGGAACUACAGAGUAUUAAAGGAGGCGCAAGUUGGCAUCACCAAAAAUCGGGUUAGGCAAACCCAGGAAAAGAAGCAACGGAAUUGUUCAUUCAUCCUCUAUCACCGGUCCUGCGUUUAGCCUCUGGAAUCCAAUUGAGGUUUGUUGUACAGAAUGAAGACGACGAAAGGAGGCAAAGUCAUGAACCCUACCGACGCUUUCCGCAAGGAACAGCGCAAAAGGGAAUUGAAAAGGAACAAGAAAGAGAGGAAGAAAGUGAGAGAAGUGGGUAUUUUGAAGAAGGAUCCUGACCAACUAAAAGAUCAGAUUCAGAAACUAGAAGUGAUGAAGGCGGAGGGCGCUCUAGACAAAGCAAGGAAACAUAAAAAGAGACAACUUGAGGAUACACUUAAUCUUGUUCUCAAAAAGAGGAAGGCUGGUUGCAUGGGAAGGGAGAGAGGAGAUGCCAACAACAACAACAACAACCCCAGUGGAAUCCCACAAAGUGGAGUCUGGGGAGGGCACCUUACCCCCCUACCGUGGGAGGUAGAGAGGCUGUUUCAGGAAUAUGAAGAAAAAGUGAAAGAAAAGGGUGAACCGCCAGUUAUGUUUAGUCACUUGGGGCCUCCUCGAAGGCGGACCUCUGCAGAGGAGGAAGAAAUGGUCAAGCAUCCAAAACCUGAAGACUCGGUCUACUAUCACCCUACUCUGAAUCCUACUGGAGCUCCUCCUCCUGGAAAACCUCCUAUGUUUAAGUCAUCGGUUGGACCUCGAAUACCAUUAUCUGCUGCUUCAUCAAGUGGUACAGCAUCAUCUUCAAUGUCAGAUGCAGAAGAUGGCAGCUUAUCGACUCUUCCUCUACCACCUCCGCCACCUCCAUUGCCCCAGACUGGUGCUGCUGAUUCUGUGGAUGGGUCUGAGAUGCCUGCAUCUUUACCUUUACCUCCUCCGCCUCCUAUGCCCCCAAAGCCUGCUGUGACAGAAAUGAGUGCUUCAUUGUCACUGCCUCCUUUGCCCCCACCACCUCCUGGUCCCCCACCAAAGGAACAGGUUGCUGCUCAUCUUCCACUUCCUCCACCUCCUCCCCCUCACCUUCAGCCAUCUUCUCAACCUCUUCCUCCCGGCACUGCUGCAAGUGGAAGGAAUAAAAAUAACCCGGACAAUCCAGCUUCAGUAGAACAGCAGCCUCGUCCUGCACCGGGCUUGCCAUUUUAUUCUGGCGGCACAUCUGUUGAAUCUGAUGCUAAAGCUUCCACAGAGUUGAACGAUCUUGUUAAAUUGCUACCGCCACCUCCACCACCUCCAAGGCAACAGCCUGCAGUUCCUGGAGCUGCCAUGGUCCCAACUCUGCAUCCUGAUGUAUUACCUCCUGGACUUCCUCGGUUCCCUCCACCCCCACCACCGACUGACAUGCGUCCACCACCUGGAGUUGCUGGCCAGCCUGUUCCACCUGGAGUCAUGCUUUCGCUUAUGCCAAGACCACCUUUCGGACCUCCUGCUGGUCCUCCACCAAUGCUGAGGCCACCCCUUCCGCCUGGUCCUCCGCCUUUUUUACAAGAUGGUGCCAGACCAUCUUUUCCGCAGAAGCCAUCAUAUGUUAAAUCAGCUGCCUCAACUGUUGUUAAGAGGCCUCUAGCUCAGCAUACACCAGAACUUACAUCUAUGGUUCCUGCUUCUGUGCGUGUGAAGAGAGAAUCUGCAGUUCCAAAACCCAAGCCAAAGUCGUCAAACACGAUUACUGUCAACCAGCCAGCAGUAGCUCCAGCUGUUGUCAAGCAUGAAUCAACUAGUGCAUCUGCACCAAAACCUCAAAGUGUUGAUGACUCGUACACAGCAUUCUUGGAGGACAUGAAAGCACUUGGUGCUCUUGAUAGCUAAUACUAGGAAGCAACAUAAUCAGUAUAGCACUCAGGAAAUAAAUGCAUUAUGAUGAUGCUACGACGUGUCAACGUUCUUAUAAGUUGAGUAAAUGUUUCAUUGUUCAUUUCCCCCUCUAACAGGCAAUGUAGUUGGCCUGAAGUAGGUAGGUAAAUUGUUGUACAAUUGAUUCUUUGAAAGACCACUAUUUGUGCUCCUACUUGGUUGCUGUUUCUCUUA